AUGGAACCACCCAGCUUUCAAGAAUCCCGUUAUGACGUUAUCCUUCGUCACCGGCGGAAUAGACCCGAGGAUGGCGGAGGUCUCAAGUCCACGACAGUACCAUCACGGUUCUUGAACCUCUCCAGCGACUUUGAAUUUUGUGGAUGGGGCUCCUUUUUCCAGUUCAAGCUAACCGCAAAAGAGCACGAUGCUGGGGAUGUGCGUGUCAGAACAGCUAGGGACGCCAAAGUGCUCGGCCAAUUCACUGCUAGUGCGCUGGCAGGCAACGCAGUGCUCGGGAGCGUGUUCUACGCCCUACCUGCCGUUGUUGCAGUGUCUAGCGUAUAUUCUCCGAUAUCUCUUUUCAUCGCGACCAUGACGCUGUUCUUAUGGCGCCCAAUCAUGGCGGAACUUGGUUCUGCUCUGCCUAUCACAGGAGCUCCCUACUCUUACAUACUUAACGUCUCCACCAAAUCUUUCGCUUUGGUUGGUGCAGCGCUCUUAUUAUUGGAUUACGUCUCUACUUCCGUUGUUUCUGCAGCAACGGCGGCGGCAUAUCUCUCGGGGGAGGUUGACCUCCCUUUUCCCACUUUUGUCGGAGCCAUCAUUGUUCUCGCAUUAUUUACCCUCGUCAGUCUCAGCGGUAUCAAAGAAAGUGCGCGACUUGCGUUAGCGUCGCUCUCUUUCCACGUUGGAACCAUGGUCGUUCUUAUGGUCGCAUCGGCCAUUCAUUGGUGGAAUAUCGGCAAUAAUCGACUUCGCGAAAAUUGGGUUUCUAACCAAGCUUCUUCUCCAAGUCAGGUCGCAAGGCAUGUAUUUGAUGGCUGGUGCCUUGGAAUGCUCGGCUUGACUGGAUUUGAAUGUAUACCCGCCUACAUCGCUCGAAUUAAGCCCGGUGCACUGCCUCUCGUAUUUCGGAAUCUGCAUUAUCCCGCCAUUGUCCUGAACACUCUCAUUAUGGUUCUGGUUAUGGCGAUAGUUCCCCUGGAGACUGUUCUGCAAGACGAUAAUGUUCUUAGUGUCCUCGGCCAGACAUCCGCAGGCAAGUGGUUGAGAGUAUGGAUAGUUGUAGACGCUAUCGUUGUUCUAUGCGGAGGCGUUCUGACCGGUAUACUGAGUGCAUGCGAGUUAUUGGAGAAGUUGACCAGUGAUCGCGUCCUUCCUCAGCUGUUCGUUCACCCGCUUCCAUUCUUUCGAUCACCUUAUGUGUCGGUGCUUUCGUUCUCGGCAUUCAGCGGUGUCAUCUACGCUACUACAGGUGCUAACCUUGCCAUUGUGUCGAAGAUGUUCUCAUUGGUGUGGCUAUCGGUUAUGGCGUUAUUCCCGAUAUGCCUUCUGCUUUUAAAAUUCAACCGUGGUCGGCUUCCAAGGACUCCUAGAACCCCUGUGUCAAUAGUGUUCUUCACACUAGCCAUUGUCCCGACUGUAUUCGCAGGUAACAUCGCCAUCGACCCAGUCACGUUUGGAUAUUUCUCCGCCUACUUUGUCGUCAUUGUUAUGUUAUUUUCAAUUACGCAGAAAAAGGCAUAUCUCUUGCGAUGGAUCAUCUGGAUAUAUGAUCAGUACACGAUGCUGCACCAAUGGAAUGCAACGAAAUUAUGGGCCUGUAGAUUGAUGAACACAAUGACUAGACUAAGGCGUAAGCCUGUUUGUAUAUUGGCAAAAACAGACGAAAUCAGCUACUUAAUGCGUAUGAUUCUCUAUGUACAAAAAAACGAGGAAACCUCAUCUUUAAAUAUCGUCCACUUUGCCGAGGAGGAGGAGGCUGUUCCGUCAGAGUUGGAAGCAAACACCAGAAUAUUAGAUGAAACCUUUCCAGAAAUCACCAUAAAUCUACUAAUCGUUCGCAACUCAUUUGAUCCACCCAAUGUCGCUUCUCUGGCACAUAGACUACAGAUUCCCCCAUCUUUAAUGUUCAUGACUUGUCCAGGGCCCCUAUUUCCACAUUCCGUCGCCGAUUUCGGUACACGUAUCAUUACGCUUUGA